AUGGAGAAAGAAUGGCGGAUUGACGAAAGCUUAUCGCCGAAACUAAUUACGAUGAAAAGAAAGUUUGUUAGACAGACCGUUCUUUAUAACAAGAUUUCAUGCUUAUCGGUGACCAUCGCCUGUAGUAUAUAUUUAUUGAAUCCUCUAGUUAUGGUCUUCGUAAACAAGAUCUUUCUUCAUAGAGACGUGCCUUAUACCGUAGCGUUAGGAUUAUCGACGCCUUUUAACUAUGAUGAUAAUUUUUUCAUUUAUAUAACGUUAUUUAUUGUAGAGUUCCGAUUAGCUCUCAUUGUAGCCUACGAACUUCAAUGUAGUCAGUAUUUUAUUACGAUAUCGUUGAAUUAUUUGACAAUAUUAUUUUUAAUAAUUAAAGAGGAAUUCAAAGAUAUACUUAGUUUGACUGACGAUUUGGUUAGAGAAGAGAAGUUAAAAGAAACGAUUACAAGACAUUCAAAAUUAUUGGAGUAA